AAAACAUGCCGAAAUGAUUCUGGCACGGCGCAUAAAGUUGCGCACUAAUUUUAGUGCAAAUCUUGAACUAACCGUAAAAAAACUGUCUUCAAGGUCAUCACUGAACUUUGAGGAUGAAAAAGUUAAAGACUCCAGCAAAGUCAUCGGGCUUACAUUAAAUCAGCAGAAAAACAUUUUAAAACGGCGGCCAGUCUACGAUGAAAAUAUGCGUUUGCUCAAAGUUGCCAUCAUUGGGGCGCCUAAUGCUGGAAAAUCCACACUCGCUAACAAGCUCAUCAAUUGGAAAUUUUCAUCGGUUUCUCAAAAAGUCCACACCACUAGACACAGGACAUUGGGUGUCCUGACUGAAAGUAAUAAGCAAGUGAUUUUCCUAGACACCCCAGGUGUAAUAGUACCAUCUAAAGUCAAAAAACACAAUUUAGAGAUGAGUUUGUUAGUUGAUCCCCACCAAGCCCUGCAUGAAGCUGACUUGAUACUAGUCGUAGUGGAUGUCUCAAAUUUGUGGCACAGAACACACCUGGAAGAGGAGAUUAUGAAGAUGCUUGUAUAUCACGCCAAUAAACCUUCCCUAUUGGUCCUUAAUAAGGUGGAUUUGCUGAAGAGCAAAGAGGAAGUACUAAAUGUCAUUAGAAUCCUAACGGAAGGAUGCUUAAACGGAAGGAAGUAUUACCAAUCAGGCCAGGGAAAACAAAAAAAUUUAGCCAAAGACUCUGAUGCAAAUUUUCUUGAAAAUUUAUUUAAAAGGAUGAAAGAGGAAAUGGAAAAAGAGAAUGAGAAAAAUGGGAAUUCCCAUUCCAGGACGGAAAUAGAUGUGAAUAUUGCCACUACUACUACUACUGAUGAUGAUGAUGAUGGUGGCGAAUCGUCAUCAUCAUCAGUAUCGUCAUCUUCAUCCACAUCAUCAUCGCCAUCAGUAGCAUCAUCAUUAUUAUCAUCAUCACCGUCUUCAUCAUCAUCAUCUUCAUCCACAUCGUCUACGCCAUCAUUAGCAUCAUCAUCAUCAUCGUCAUCAUCAUCACUUUCCUUGCCACCAGCUUCACAAUCGUCGUCUGUUUUGCCUAAUUUGAAGAGGCAAUUGGUUAGUGUAGAUAGGGGCAGUGUUAAUUUGAGAGAGCAAGUUCAAUGGCUGGCUUACUAUUCUAAGCUAAACGAGAUUGGUAGAGAGAUGAGGCACUGCUACGGCUGGCCUUAUUUCAAGGAGGUCUUCGUCAUCUCGGCAGCUAGUGGCGACGGCAUUUAUGAAUUAAAAAACUACCUAGUCGACUUGAGCAUCCCUUCAAAGUGGUUGUUCCACGAGCAGGUGGUGACCAAUCAGAAUCCACUACAGCUGGCACGUGACAUCGUCCUCGAGAAGCUUCUAGAUAACCUCGCUGAAGAGAUACCAUACCAGAUUGAAAUUAAAUUAGUAACGUGGCACGUAGAUGAUGAGGAUCUUCUCAGAGCUCAGUUUGAACUGUCAUGCAGCAAGAAGCGACACAUUCACAAACUGUUGGGAAAGAAUGGCGAAACGAUAAGAAAGAUUUCGAUGGAGGUAAAGCAGGAGUUGAUGAACGCCUUCAAGCGCGAGAUGUCGCUGCAGCUAAUUGUCCGGGGCAACUCUAAAACUAAGCCCCCUAUUAAAAAAUAAAAUUUCCUAUUAAAGUUUGAACUAAUUUUUAUUCACUUUUACCAAAUUUUAGUGAAAAUCUGGUAAAUUUUUAUUCUAAAAUAUUUUACUUAUUUUCCAAGUGAAUUUUAGUUAGAUUUAAGAAUUCUCAUCUAAUUCCGAGCAAAUUUUUAAUAAAUUUGGUUAUUUUUAAAUAAAUUUAAUUUAAAAUAAAUUUUUCGAAUAUUUCAUUGGAUUUUUUGUUUUUUUUUUUGUUUAGUUUGGAAUAAAAUUUUA